UUUUUAGAUCUUAAUCGUGCAUCAUUUGUGUUCUAAUGGUCUUCUACUAUUGAACACUAGAAAAUGGACCACGAAAUGGAAGCAAGUUCGUCUGCUCGUGACGAUCCGUUCCGUUCCCCAUCAAUGCAGCCAAAUUUCUAUGACACACGUGAAUCUCCUCUUUCUACAAAGAGAGAAAAGUUACGAAGGAAUCUGGGUAGAACCCCAUGUUCUUAUGUACCAAGGGCCGUGAAAACCGCACCGCCGUUGAGUCGUAUCUAUCCGAGGAGAUUUGCAUUGCAAACACCACAUCAAGUGUCGUUCAGAAAUAUUCCACCCGACAAUAUUGUCGCCCACAGUCCGUUAUACAACCCUCACGUAAACACGCCUUAUUUUGAACAGUGUUAUACUAUAGAGAGAAAACUUGGACAGGGAUCGUUCGGAGAAGCUUACGCAGUUUUUUGUAAGGAAGAUGGUCGCCGAUAUGCGGUAAAACGUGCUUUGGAUGCAUUUCGAAGUUCCGCGGAUCGCAGCCUCAAGUUACGCGAAGUGCAAAAGCAUGAACUCCUACCAUCUCAUAUCAAUCUUGUGCAGUUUUGCAAAGCUUGGGAGGAGAACGGUCGCUUGUACAUAUUGACUGAAUUAUGCGAGAGGAGUUUGCUAGAUUACUGCUCCCAAAUCCAUACGGUUCCGGAAAAAGAAAUAUGGAACAUCUUUAUUGAUGUCCUUAGGGCUGUCGAUCACCUUCACCGUCACGAUCUCCUUCAUGUCGACAUCAAGCCGGAGAACAUUUUUCUCACUAAGGAUAAAGUGUGCAAGCUAGGCGAUUUCGGGCUUAUAUUCGAUCUGAAAAAUGACACUUCCUACACCCCUGAAGAAGGUGAUGCGAAAUAUCUGGCUCCGGAGGUGCUGAAUGCUGCGCCAACCAAGGCUGCCGAUGUGUUCAGCAUUGGGAUUACAAUUCUCGAAGUCACUACAGACCUAGACCUGCCCUCGAGAGGCGAUACUUGGCAUCAAAUUCGAAGCGGCGACAUUCCAGAUCGAUUCUUUUCGGGAGUCUCAAAAGACCUCACACGGCUCAUCAAAUGGCUAAUGUCUCCGGAUCCUGCUGCUCGUCCUACUACAGCCCAGGCAUUGUCUGAUUCGGCGAUUGCAAGUAGAGCGUCGCUGCGGUCUUGCUAUCUAGUUUAUCAUCAGACGACAAAAAUGAUCAGUGAUCAUUCGAAUACCAUCUUGAUGUGGAUCGUUGCACUCAUCCAUUUGUUGGCGAUUCCGUUUACGAUGUUCUUCGACGCGCUUAGGAAGAAGAAAAACGACCUUUGUACAACGCCAUCCAAGGGCGCUGCGAUGUUUGUGACUCAUACUCCGGAAAUAAACGGAUCGAUAAGGCACGAGAGAAUUUCAAGAUGGGAUGAUGAUAGCGACUCAGAGGAAAAUCAUCCAAGGCACAGUUUUACAGCAAUGAGUAAGCGAUUUUUGGAUAUGGAAGAUCAGCCUAGUGGUGGAGAUCCGUUUCCGAGGUACCGCCUACGUUUUGAUGACGACACCCCUUCAUCAUCUAGCGAAAGGAACGAUGUAGCGCGUGCCACGAAAGAUCAUACCAGUACUCCGAUCUCUGCGUUCUCAAAGUCUCGCCGAAGUGAUUCGCACGCUUUCACUUCCGAAGUGCCAAAGUACCGUGGAGCUGCAAACGAGAACUGGUCCCCUUUAAGCAAAAGAUGUAUCGAUGAUUCUGAUGAUGACUUGAUGAACAGAUCACCAAAAAGUCGAGGGACGAUGUCGUGCCCGCCAUAUAGACAACCUCUGCGAUCACGACUGCGCAAUCGUCUCAUUCCAAGGCUUGACUUUUCGCUUGUAGACGACUCACCGGACUCGCUUUCCUCGCCUGCAACAAAUACUGAUUCAACUGCGUCAUCAAUGUCAUCUGGUCGCUCAAAAUCGAAAUCUCAGAGUACGAAUACGAGAAUGAUUACUGGAAUGGCCAGUUCCGCUGAAGAAAGUUCGUAACUCCCAUAUGCUUGGAAUACAUCAUUUGUAACAGAUGCUUUUAUGGAUACUCACCAUCUUCACUUGUGAUUUAGCAUUUCGUGUCUUUUACCGGUAAACGAUGCUUUUUUGCGAGUACCUUCUCUCUUACUCAAUCUGCCUUUGUGUUCUCGAAUUAUAUCACUUGCUUGGGAUGUGUGAGCUGUAGAGUAUAUUAACGUGUCAUAUAUAUGUCUAAUAAUAAUAAGUUGGUGUACUUGGAACAUAAUUUAAAACAAAAUUAUCCUCUCUAUUCAGACAACAUAUUAAUCGUUUUAUUGUGAAUUGUCUCCGAUGACUCUGUUCGACGUAACUGCAGAAUGCUCUGCUUGAAAAGACAAUGAAUUCUAU